ACGCAUUGAUUGACAAUCGCGGGCACGGGGCGCCCCACGCUGCACAGACACGGAGCACCGCUAAUCUCAUCCUGCACUCGUCUGUGUCGAGAGCAUCUCUGCCCAAUCCCGGACAGAUCAUCCGGAGGAAAAAACCAGGGACGGCUCUGCCAUUCCCCUGGGCACCGGUGUCGGAGUCUUCUCGCAGAAGAAGCGGACGCGAGCAGCAGCUCCUCGACCCCUGUCCCGUCCUGUCUCUGACUGCUUUCCUUUAGUGAUCAGUCCGGGCUGAGCUCUCCUGGAAACGGGAUGGACACAAGGUUCUGGUUGCACUUUGCAAUCUGAGCCAAAGGAAGAUUUGGUCGAUUUCUUCUUUUAUUUUUGUUUGGUCUUGGAAUAACAAGGAACUGCGCCUGCUGCUUUCAUCGGGAUCCCUCUCGGGUUACCUUUUUAUCUCAAGUUCACUAUAACUGUGAUGCAUUUGUGAGUCGAGUUGCAGAACCCUGGAGCAUGUUAACGCGACUUUUUUUUUAAUUUCGUUUGUUUGCUUGGAAUAACGACGAGAUCAUAAGAGAUCGCACUUUCAGGAGUUGCAUUUUUGGUGCGUAAUCCUUGCGGUGUGUGGCCGCAGAAGUACUUGUGCCUCCCUUUUUUUUUGCGUUUAAUGUCCAGUUUUUUUUUCGAAUGGAGUAGGUAGUAGGUGAUAAACACUCGAAAGAAAAAAACGCGGGGUUUAUUCUGUCUUGCCUGGAACGAGCAGGCGGAUCUGAUGCGCCGAUUCUCCGUAGGAUGGUAAAUGACUGAUGGGGAAUCAUGAACAGCUCUUCUGAACUCGAAGAUGGCACUCGGCACAAAAACCAGACAUUCUGUGAGUGUGUUCCCAGCUCCUCCCAGCUCAAACAUCGCUGGUCUGACUCAGAUACUGCCAGGGAGACCCCGGCCAAGAGGAUGAGCUGCAGCUACCUGCUCUGUACCAUCCUCCUCUUUGUGGCUGUAUUGCUGGCUGUCACUGUGACUGGCACCAUCCUCUUCAUGAAUCACUACCAGGCCCCGCCCAUGUCCGAUGGCCUACCCCACAUCUCCACCAAUCAGGACGAAGCUAACGCCCUGGUCACCGUCGAGAGAGGCGACGGCUCUCGCAUCAACAUCUUCAUCGACCCCAACUGUCCCGACUACAACAGUAACUUUUUGCGCCUGGAGGGCGUGCAGACGUCGCUGCUCCACUCGCUGACCGACCACGACUCCGACCUGAAGUCGGUGAAAGGCCAAGACCGGGCUCUGCUGGUCAGCCUGGCUGAGGAGGUGGCCAAGCUGUCGGCACACGCGGGGCAACUGAAAAUGGACUACGAAUCCCUACGCAGGGGGCAAGGCAGCCUGGGUCAGGACCUGAACACGCUGCAGACUGAGCAGGGUCGCCUCAUACAGCUGCUGUCAGACAGCCAGAUCAACAUGGUGAAGGUGGUGAACUCGGUGAGCGACGCUCUCAACGCCAUGCAGAAGGAGAACGUGGGCCUGAAGGCGCGCGUCAAGGCCGACUUGCAGAGGGCGCCAGUACGAGGGGGCCGUUUGAAGGGCUGCUCCAAUGGCUCGCGCCCACGUGACUGCGGCGACCUGUAUGCUGGUGGUCAGAGGGAGGAUGGCAUCUACUCCGUGUUUCCGGUUCACUUCCCUGCAGGCUUCCAGGUCUACUGUGACAUGACCACAGACGGAGGAGGCUGGACAGUGAUCCAGCGCAGGGAGGAUGGCUCUGUCAACUUCUUCAGAGGGUGGGAGUCCUAUCGUGAGGGAUUUGGCAAGAUUACUGGUGAACACUGGCUCGGGCUGAAGCAGAUCCAUGCCCUGUCAAUCCAGGGCAACUAUGAGCUGCGUAUCGACUUGGAGGACUUUGAAAAUAGCACCGCAUACGCACAGUACGCCACCUUCGGGGUGGGCCUCUUUUCGGUGGACGCCGACGAUGACGGAUACCCUUUGACUGUGGGAGACUAUUCUGGAAACGCAGGUGACUCUCUACUGAAGCACAAUGGGAUGAAGUUCACCACCAAAGACCGGGACAACGACCACUCGGAGAACAACUGCGCCUCCUUCUACCACGGUGCCUGGUGGUACCGCAACUGCCACACCUGCAACCUCAACGGCCAGUACCUGCGCGGCCAGCACACGUCCUACGCAGACGGCAUCGAGUGGUCCUCCUGGACGGGCUGGCAGUACUCACUCAAGUUCUCCGAGAUGAAGAUACGGCCCACCCGCGACACUGAAAAGAAGUGACACUGAGAAAGAGAGAAUAAAAAAAUAUUUUUUUCAAACAUUACAAACCAGACAGCUAGAGGCAGAAUAAUUUGUCUUGAUAUUGUUUCUACGCUAAAGCAUACCUCUUUUGAGUUUAGUUGCUGUUUUUUUCUUUGCUCCCGAUGUCUCUCAUCCUUCUUCCUCCAUCACUCGGCUAUAGAAGUCACGCCGGCUGCCUCAAUCCUUCCCCCUGCUCCCUUCCUUUAAAAAGAAAAUAAUGUAUUCGCGGCGCUCUCAUUCUGACAUCGUCCCGUUCACAAAAAAAAAACGUUAGACCAGAGCCCUGAGCGCAGCACAGUCCACUGCCCAAGCUUUACUCAGUUUGACAUGGUGGUCCAAACUUCCCCUACAGCAUCACACACCAGUGAUUUCCUCCUGGCAUGUAACUCUGACCUCCCAUCUGUGCUGACAUGGCACUUAGACUGUCGUUCAGUCUCGCUGCCCGUUGCAAAUCUGUGAGUGGGGAGGUCCGCCUCCAAAUAUGGCAUUAGAAAAACAGGGACACGGGAAGGGAAUGGAAAGGAAGUGCAGUGUUUGAGCAGCGAUGAGGCGACAGGGCAGUGGUACGACAUGUCCCAUUUAUCAAGCAGCGAAGAAGAAGAAGAAGAAGAGCAGGGUCUCGGAUAAUGAGAGGCAGAGAGAACGAGGAAACGGUUUAAAGAGGGUUAAAUUAGUCGAACAAGAGGAGGGCCGGGUGAAUCUAAAGAGGGUGGAAGUAGGAGAUACGGUUGAAAAAGAGGAGAGAGGGACUAAAUAAAAGAGGAAGGGACGACGUAGGAUCUCGUUCAUCUGACUUGGGCCAUUAGGGAGCAUAUUGGGCACUGUCUGAUCUGCCUGCCAGCUGAGGAAUGGCCAAGUGAUGCCGCACUCACAGAUGGUAGCCCAGCACUCUGCGUGUGUGUUUGUGUAGGUGUGUGUGCCGCGGAGAUAGACAGAGAGUUUUCCCCGACUAUCGGUUUCCUGUCGGGGGUUCAGUGGAGCGUCUCAAAUAACUACAGUGUUUAGACUAAACAUGAAAACAUGAAGCACGGCCGGCAAACCUUCACUCUCUCCAUCAGCCAAUUAACCUAAAAUAACAUAGAUCCCUAAUGUAUGUACCUGUAAGACACUGGCAGCCGUUAGACCGAGACCUCGGGAUCACAGAAUGAAUGUUUCAUCAAAAACACCGUCUCAUUUCCCCCCUCUUUUUUAGAUUGUCAGACAUGGUACCUCAUUUCCCAUACCCACGUCUGUAGUUUUCUUCUUUUUUCUCUCUCUCUCUCUCUCUUUCAGGGGAUUAUUAUGGGAUAUGUUCGUGUGACGCAGUUUGACUCGUCACGCAAAGAGAACUAGUUGCUGUAAAAUAAGAUCUGUCGCUCUCAAUCACGUUGUUUUUCUUUCUUUCGAGUAGGAAUUCUAGUAUUGCAAAAACUAAAAAUUGCCUAAAGCAAACAAAAAAAAAAAGGAUGACAGCAAAGAAAAGAAAAGAAAAAACACUUUGGCGGAAAAGUGGAUUCCAGAAAUGUUCCUUCCCUCAUUUAAUUUGAUGAAAAUCGGUGAAUCCACUUUUUUGCAGCUUUCUUCGGUUUUUCUUUUGGAUGUACUGAAAGCUUUAAAAAAUAUCUGUAGAUUCUAUUGUACAGUGUGUAUGACUUUUAGAGCAUGUGAAUCUGUUUUCUUACUACGCUAAAACACAAAGAGAACUGAAGCACAUGGACUCAAGCAAAAUCCACCUGGUUAAAAGAAAAGAAAAAAGUUCAUAAACAAAGAAAAGAGAUGUAUUCACAGAACUUUUCCCCCCCCCCUCCCGCUGAGCGACUGGUGGGAGUAGCGCCUGCAAUGCUCCGAAUACGAGCGACAACGGAGGAAUAUGAUUACGCCUCGAGCACACGCCCAUUCAAUACAGCACAAAUAUGACAGAGGCACAAUAUGGGAGGGAUUUGGAACCUCUCGGCACAAAGAAGCUGGGUUGCCGGAUGCUUUGCGACCUCUCUGACAUCUUGGCUUUCGGAGAGUCCUUUGGUAAACAGCGGGAGUUUUUUCUUUCGAAUGUGUGCUGAGGAGGGUCGGCCCAGCUGACAGGCGAUUUAAAUGUGUAGCACACGGGCAGGGCUGCGCUGAAUAACCUCUUGACACUGGGAACAGCUGUGACUUCUUCUGUCAUCGUGGCUGCUCGGGAACAAUCUCCCGUCGCUGUCUCCGCAGCCCCGGCUGUGUGACUCGACGGGUUCCUCGACAUCCAAGCACAGACACGUGACAGACACCUGCCGGCAUCAUGGCACAGAGAGUCGAGAUGGGAUCGUGUCAGAAGAUUUAAGAUGAGAUGGAAAAUGUGUGAAGCCUCUUAAGGAGACAGAGUCAGACUGCGCCUGGGAACGUAUGCAAAUGUUUGUGUGUGUGUGUCUCUGCGCUGAACAGAGCGCGAGUGUGUGUUUGCACACGUGUGCGUAUACAGUGUCUCUGUGUGUGUACACAUAUAUGCACAUGCUUCGGUUUGUACAUGCCCGUGUGCAUGAGCCAGAGGAGGGAGCCUGAGGCCGAGUCUCUCUGCAGAACUUUGAAGUAACAUGACGCCUGUGUACAACUUGCCCCCCCCCCCCCCCCCCUGCUAUUUGUGUUGAUAACAGAGAGAAAAUUAUAAAAGAACUAUUACUUAUUGUGAUCGUGAACCCAUUAGAGUGGAUACACCAACUUCUGGUACCGUGUUGAACUGCGCUCGAGCCCCUCGCCCCCCACCACCCAGAGAACCCACUCCCCCAAAAGUGUUUACUGCCCUCGACGCUGUGCUCAUUGUAUAUGUUAAUGCUCCGUCUCCGCCCCCGUAGUUUAACUGUAGAGACGACUUUUAUUUGCCGUGCCCCCUCUCUGUGUUCUCGCGCAGGGGAAGGCCUCCGCAGCUCGCUGGGUCUCAGACGGCAGGAGUGAAAGAAGAGUGAAAUCUGAGGCUCUAAUCAUUCCGAGUUAUCCCGUCUCAUUACAGUGCAUCAGCACCGUCCCGAUCGAUCCCAGAGGUCCCCCGAACCUUCCAUCUUUCUCACUCCGUACCCCUCCUUUAAUUGCCUUAGCCUCCGCUGCCAAUUCCCGCUCACUUCAUCCCUCCGAAAUUCUCGCCUCUUCUCUUUGCGGCUCCAGACCCACAGCAUCUUUAUUGCCCCGCUGUUUGC